CUGCAGCACACCUGUGGCACACCUGAGGCUAAUAAACACUUGACGUCAGUGAAGCAAUAGUACACAAUGUCAUAAAUACAGCAUCACAUCUCUCUAGCCCAUCGACCACUCGCAAAGAACUAUUUAUGCCCUCUCUUAUUGAUAGCACAAAGGCUUUUUACAGAGGAGUGUCACCGUUGUCAUGACUUCCUGGUUGACAAAAAAUCUUUAUUGUUGAUGUGUAAAUGAGGACAAUCACGUCAUGAAGUGAAUCAUGUGAUCAAGAUUAUACGCAUUUGUGGACAAAAAUGAUCAUUGGAUGAUUCACACAUCUGAAACAGACUGGAUUCGACUUGUGAUCAACACAAAGAAGAAGACCCAUCCUAGAAUUUGAAGACCUCAGUAUCAGAAAUGACUUUAGUGGUCGGCCCAGAUCUGAAGUCUGAUCCUGAAUUUGAUCAGGAACUCAGCAAGGAAGAUAUUGAAGAACGUUUGAUUACCAAUCCAUAUGACUUCAAACACUGUAAACUAGAAAUGGAACGACAUGAUCUGGCAUAUGCCAGGCCUUUUGAUGAGUCAACACUCCAUAUUAAAAUCACUGGAAGAAAAAAUGUGGGCAGGUCAUUUCCGGAAGAUGAGGUCUGUGUUGAGAUUAUAAGCAGAGAACAGUUUCCGUGGGAAGGAAAAAUAAUUGGAUUGAUAAAAAGAGAUGAAGAAUGCCUUACAGUUAUCUGUAGGAGGAUGGAACACUCCAACAUUGUGACACCUAUUAACAAACACAUGACAAGAAUAUUGACAAUUCAAACAAAGACAGAUGCAGUUGAAAUACGAGAAAAAAAGUAUGGAAGGUGGGUGACAAAGGAAUUCGUAGAGGAUUCAGAGAAUCAAUUGUUAAUUGUCAAGGUCAUUAAAUGGGAAGAAAAUAAAUUCUAUCCUCUCGGCGUGGUUACAAGAGUUAUUUCAGAACAGAAUUCCUUACAAGAACUGCUCAAGUUUGAGCUUGGAUGUGAAGAUCCUCCAUUUUCCAAUCCACAAGACCUUGAAAAUUUCAAGGCCGUAGAAAGGAAGAAUUUAUGUGACAACUUCACUUUCACCAUUGACCAUAUUGUAGCUCAAGACCUAGAUGAUGCCAUUAGUGUCAGUGAAAUUGAUGAUAAUACCUAUCAGAUUGGUAUUCAUAUCACGGAUGUUGCGAGUUAUGUUAGAAAAGACAGCGAGCCAGAUAAAUUUGCUAAACGGCUUGGCAAAACAAUUUACACACAAGAGAAGGGAGAGAUGACCUUCAUGUUCUCAAGAGAGCUGAGCCAAAGUAUUUUAAGUUUGAUCCCUAAAAAGCAUCGUAGAGCCAUAUCAUUGCUAAUAGACAUUGACAAGGAAACGAGCAACAUCAAAGACAGACGUUUUGCUCUAACUGACAUUAGAUCUAAUGAACGGUUGUCAUAUGAAGAUGCAGACAUAAUAAUUCAGGAAAACUGCUUUGAUACCAUGAAACCUCUGCAGAUCUCUUGUGUGAAGGACUGUGUUGCUAUUGCCUACCAUUUUUCUGAGGUGCACAGAAAGUAUAGGCUUGAUGGGGGGUGGCCCUAUGAGAAGCAGCCAGGGCAGAGUCGUUCUCAUGCCAUGGUGGAGGAGCUAAUGAAUCUCUACAAUAGCACUGUAGCUGAAGAACUCUUAUCUGCAGACAUCACAAGGGACAUUACACCACUGAGGUGCCAUAGGGAGCCGGAUUCUGAGCAACUGGAACAGUUUGAAGAGAAGUAUCUUGACUUAAUUCCCAUGUCACCUUACAUUUCAAGUAUCUGCAGUGUAAAUUAUGUUAGUGAACAGGAUGUAGAGGAGGUUUGCUCAUUGCUAAAAUGUGACAAUGUGAAGAAUAUCCCCAACAAUGACAAGGAGCACAGCAUAUCGCUUAACAUUUUUUAUUCCAUAUUUCAGAAAAUGGAAGUUUAUGCACAAAACAAAGAUUAUUACAAUCUGAUGCAAUUAAUAAAUUCAGACGAAAUACAUCCUACCCUUCUACCCAUGGUACAGGAGUUUCGUGAAAUUCAAAGAAAAGCUGUCAUUCUUAGGUCCUGUUCCUCAACAGAUUCUAGACUGGGUCAUUAUGAUUUGCGGCUAAACGCAUACACCCAGGCAUCUUCUCCUAUGAGGCGUUUUCUAGACCUUAUCCUGCAGAGGCUUCUGCACAACGUUCUCUCUAAAGAUAAAAUAAAGCAAGCUGAUUACACGCAAAAUGAAAUCAAGGAGUUCUGUCAAUCUGGAAUGGAGGUAGAAGAUGAGCGUGAUGCCCAAUUACUGAAACUGAUGAAGUUUCAGUCUCUUUCUUUUAAACCUAAAGAUGUGGUCAGGCUAGCAGUGGUUGACCGGCUAACUCCGGAAGGGCAUGAAUUCACAAUAUCCUUUCCACUACAUCCUAUGUCAGAGGUCAUCAACAUUUUGUACAGACAUCUUAAAAUUGUGGAACAACCUGAAUACAAUAAGGACAAAAAUUCCAUUACUCUUCUUUGGAAGAGGAGAGUAUAUUCAUUCAAAUCCACCCAGAUUUCAUAUACACCAAAGCCUAUCAGCAACAUAAUUUCAGUAGCAGGUAACCUGUGGCAAAACUUGUUAUCUGCCACAAAAGAGAAGGACUGGGUUAAGAUUGGCCAAUGCCUCCAUGACAUGAAAGAAGGGGUGAAUAAAGAAAUGAAAGGGCUGAGUUGUGAGACCAAAACAGAGCAGCACCGUAGGAAAAUCCCCAUGGAACUGAAUCUAGGACAGGUUGUUCAAGUGCAACUUGGGACCGAACUCAAAGAUGGCUUGAACGUUCCUGUAGUACAACUCCUCAACAUUAAUGAAAACUUUGACAUCUGUUUGGAGCACACAAGAAACCCCACUGAGUGCUUCUGCCGAGCAGUGUGCCGUUCAUCACAGCCCUCAUAUGAAAACUACAAAGAGUACCAGAAUAUCUGGAGUCAACUAUGUCACGUAGACACAGCUUACAAUGCUUUGGAAGAAAAUAACAGCAUCUUAUUAGAGGAUGUGCCUAUUAAAUGGACUGUGAAUGGAACUGAUCUCCAAGGGGUGUUUCAUAUAACGAAGACUCAGAGAAAACAAUGGUCUCUAGAGUUUAACCUUAGAGACUGCUUUUUAUGUGUAAGACUAAGGCAUCAGAAAGAUGAAAACUUGAAGAAUGAAGCAAAACAUUUGGAUGGUUCUGUAGUUUCAGAUCUGCAGGGUCCAUUACCUUUCACAUGGGUCGCACAUGGAGUAGCCACCAAUACAAAGAAACAGAAGAAUAAAGACAAAGACCAAACAUCAGGAAAAAUAAAUUUUAAGAUUGUACAAAAGUCUAUGUGUGACGUGCCUCCUGGAGUUUUUCAUAAAACGACAAGAUUCACUGUAGAGGUCAUUCCUAAAAAAAUUCCAUACAUGCUCAGGGAACAAGCUAUUGCCAAGUUGAAACAAGCUAAUGUCUUGGUGAAAAGUGUUGCCGCUAGACAACUUAAAGAGAUAAACUGCAAUCAUGCAUAUAAAAAAAUCAGCCUGUACACCAUGGACGAGGGCCUGAAUUUGCCACUCUUGAAUAAAAGUCAGCAAACAGCAGUUGAGGAGGCUCUGAGAAAACCUUUUACAGUGAUCCAAGGUCCACCAGGUACAGGGAAAACAGUGGUUGGUAUUCACAUUGUUUACCAGUUUUUCAAGAAGAACAAAGACUUCCUUGCCACGUCCUCUGGACCAUGUCCUGAUCAAAAACAGCAAAAAAAGCCUGCCAUCCUGUACUGUGGGCCUUCUAACAAGUCUGUUGACAUUGUUGCAGAGCAGUUGCUGAAGCUUAGUGGAGUGCUCAAGCCUUUGAGAAUCUACUGUGAACAGAUGGAAAUGCGUGAGUUCCCAUAUCCAGGCAGUGAACUGAAGCUUUGUCGCAAAUCCCUCCGUGAUGAAAAACCCAAGGAAGAACUCAGGGAUAUUACACUGAUGUAUCUUGUCCGUAAGCCUGAUAAUCCCUUUUCGGAAAAAAUAAAUGACCUUCAGAAAAACAUGCCUGAGGAUAAAAUAGAGGAAUACAGGAAUUUGUUGAAAGAAGCUCAUCGGCAUGAGAUUCAGAAGCAUGAUGUAAUUCUCUGCACCUGCUCAUCAGCACUAAACCCCAAUCUACAGAAGGUCAUAGACUUCCGUCAGAUACUCAUUGAUGAAUGUGCCAUGGCAACAGAGCCAGAGGCUUUCAUUCCUUUGGUCGCCCACGAUCCUCAACAGAUUGUGUUGCUAGGUGACCACAAACAGACACGACCAAUAGUGCAGUGUGCCCUUGUUAAAAGGAUGGGCAUGCAGCAGUCUCUGUUCGAACGCUACAUGGAUUUAGCCAUAAUGUUGGACACACAGUACAGAAUGCAUGAGGACAUUUGCAGUUUUCCUUCAAAAGAGUUUUAUGAUGACAAAUUAAAAACUGAAGCUAAACGUGGACCCUGCUACCUGCUUAACAAGAACAAAAUUUCUACAGCAAUCUUGUUUGGUCAUGUCGAAGGGACAGAAGUCAGUUUGGUGGUAUCCACAGAAAAGGGAAACGAGAACUCGGUGGCCAACACUGAGGAGGCAGAGCAGGCUGUCCGUGUGGCAGAUCUUUUGAUUAAAAAGUCACUUGUUCAACCUGAUAAAAUUGCAAUUCUGACUCCUUACAAUGCACAGGUGUAUCUGAUCAAAGAAACACUGACGAAGAAUGCUAUUACAAAUGUCACUGUUUGCACAGUUAUGAAAAGCCAAGGCAGUGAGUGGCCAUAUGUGAUCCUCUCCACUGUGCGUUCCUGCUCCAUGUCUGACAUAGACUCUUGCAGUUCCAAUAACUCCUGUGUGGAGCAAAGACUUCGAUUUGUCAGUGAUCCAAAUCAGGUCAAUGUUGCCAUAACUCGUGCACAAGAUGGACUCUGCAUUCUGGGUAACAGUGACUUGUUGAAUCGCAAUAACCUCUGGAAACGGAUCCUUGAUCACUAUCACAGAAAAGGAUGUGUGGUAAAUCCAGCUAGUGACAUUCAGGUUUCAAAGCAUGCAUAAAGCAAGCAUGAAGAAGGAAAACAAUACUCUCAAAAGCCAGUUUACAGACUGUCUGCAUUAAAUCUGGUGCAUUUUAAAGUUUGUUGCGACCAAGAACUGUCCACUUAUGUCUUUUUUGGACAGGGUUAGUUUUGGAUAGGGAAGUGGGUUAAUGUAAAAGUUUUUAGAUCUUUGCUAUAAUUUAAAUCCUCAUCUUAUCGAUCAUGUCAGUAAUUUUUGCUCACUUUGAACUGACGUUAAAGUUGAAUGUUGUUAGAAUGUGGUGAUUAUGGCCCAACACCAAACUGGCACAAUAUGAUAUUCAGACCGGACCACAUUAGUUUUAGUGAUAAACCAAAUUAUGUUCCAACAAUGUAACUGUUAAUAUGAAAAGUUAAACAUGGUUAAACAUUCUUAAGUUUUGAGUUCUUUCCCAGUGUAACAUUUUGUUACAUGCCAGUGUGUGUGGGUCUGCCUGUUCCUCUGAUUGGUCUAAAGAACUGUCCAUCAAUCCUGUAUAAAUGUGACAUCACUGCCAGCCACAGCCAAUAGUGGACCUUCUGAACUUUUUAAAGGGACGCCAGUAUGAGCGCGGGUCAGUCUCUUGACUCAUCUUUUUGUGAUACAUUCCAACUUGGUUGUAUGACCCUUUACUUUUGUGCUGUGUAAAUUGUAUGUUUUAUUUGGCCUGCUUGUUUUAUCACCUUACAGUCAAUUAUAUCCUGUUAUUGCCA